CUGUCCUGUGAUCAGCUGUGUCCAAUCACAGCUGAUCGCAUGACAUCUACACUGAUCAUCAGGGCACUCAUGCUCAGUGCUCUGAUGAUCAGUGCAGCCCCAUCAAUGCCACCUGUCAGUGUCCAUCAAUACCACCUGUCAGUGCACAUCAAUGCCUCAUAUCAAUGCCUACCAGUGCACAUAAAUGCCAUAUAUCAGUGCCCAUCUGAGCUGCCUUUCAGUGCCAACUAUCAGUGCCAGUCAAUGCCACCUAUGAGUGCUGCCAAUCAGUGCUACCUAUCAGUGCAAGUCAGUGCCGCCUAUCAGUACCAGUCAGUG